CUGCGCGGGCGCGGCAUUGUCGCAACGCGCGCAUGUUGAGUGAAGGCGUCAGGCGUCGACUCUUGCGCAGACGUAGAUGCAUUUCGAUCGUACGCUCGCGAAAUUAUGAAUUUGUGAAGUUUUCUUUACAACAGUGAAUUGAACGUGAAAACUGACUGUAGUGGAUUUUUUACAGUGGUGUUAAUCGGCAUUAAUCAUGUUGACCGGUUGGCAGUUACUUUUGUCUAAAUUAUUCUUUAUUCCACAACGAUGGGUGAUGGCAAUAAUGGGAUUCCUGGCGGUGGCCAAUGCGUACACGAUGCGAGUGUGCCUCAACAUAGCCAUCACACAGAUGGUGCGGAGACGGUCUGUCAACGGCGGCGCGGACGACGGUGCGUGCCCAGCAGACGUGGCUGGGCUUCAGGAGACCGUCUCUGAUGCUACUGAUAUAAGUGGCUUCGAUUGGGAUGAAGAAACCCAAGGCAUAAUACUAAGUGCGUUCUACUACGGGUACAUCGUAACGCAUCUACCUGGUGGUAUGCUGGCAGAGAGGUUCGGGGGGAAGUACUCACUAGGAUUCGGAGUCCUGAGUACAGCAGUGUUUACUCUCUUCACGCCGUGGACUGUCAGCGUGGGGGGCGCGACUGGACUCAUCAUCUUGAGAGUUUUAGAAGGUCUUGGAGAAGGUACAACAUUCCCGGCUCUAAACGCUAUGUUAGCUCGGUGGGCACCCAUAUCAGAAAGGGGGCGAAUGGGUUCCCUUGUCUUUGGGGGGGCGCAAAUCGGAAACAUAGCAGGGACUUACUUAUCAGGCCUGGUGAUUAAGGAGACGGGAGAAUGGGAGUCGGUAUUCUAUCUUUUUGGCGCCAUCGGGAUCUUAUGGUUCAUUUUAUGGGCGAUCCUAUGUUAUAACGACCCGGAAUCACACCCGUAUAUAUCCGACCAAGAGAAGAAGUACUUGGAAGAAGCGCUGGGUCGCCACAACAACAGCCAGCCAUCCUCCAUUCCCUGGAAGGCUAUCUUCAUGUCUGUGCCACUAUGGGCUCUUGUUUGUGCACAGAUUGGACACGAUUACGGCUACUUCACCAUGGUCACCGAUCUCCCAAAGUACAUGACCGGGGUCCUAAAGUUCGACAUCCAUCAGACAGGCACACUCGCAGCGUUACCCUACGCCGUCAUGUGGUUCAGUUCCAUCAUCUUCGGCUGGGUUUGCGAUAAGAUCGUCAAGAAAAACUGGCUCACCGUCACCAAUGCUAGGAAAACAUUCACAACCAUUGCCUCUGUCGGCCCUGGCAUAUGCAUGAUCCUGGCUUCUUACUCCGGCUGCAACACCGAGGCUGUGGUUAUACUCUUCACAGCGUCCAUGGGUCUCAUGGGUGCCUUCUACCCGGGCAUGAAGGUCAAUGCCCUGGACCUCAGCGGGAACUACGCAGGCACCAUCAUGGCGAUCGUCAACGGCAUCGGAGCCAUCACUGGCAUCAUUGCACCGUAUCUGGUUGGACUGCUGACACCAGACAGCACGUUAGUACAAUGGCGUUUAGUAUUCUGGAUCGCGCUGGCCGUUUUCAUCGUAACAAACCUAGUGUUCGUGGCGUGGGCGUCCGGUGAAGAACAGUGGUGGAACCACACCGCACAGGACCCUAGGAAACAACAGGAAGCUGAGGCGGGAAACAAGUCAGGACUGAACCACUCCGUUAAUGCUGAAAUCAAGAUAUAGGUGCGGGAAAAGAAUUACUCGGUCUCAGUAAGCCUCAGAGGUAAACAUAAUGAGAUUAUAUGUAGGUGGGGCCAAGAUGUUAUUUAGCAUGGGCUCUCUUCCACAAUAUUAAAAGACAGAUGUACUAACGAAGAUAACUACUAAUUUUAGCAACAUUUCAGAACAAUUGAUUAUGAUUGAAUAACUAGAUUAUUCAUAGCAUUUCGAAGAGCCAGUUCUAGAAGUAAUAUAUCAGAAAGGCAAUAAUAUCUUGCCUUUGUUUUAAUCAAAACUUGUGAUUGUAAAACAUGCUCUCAUAACCACGAUUUCACACAUUAAUUAAUUAAUGUGUUAAUAAUUAAUGAAUUGAUCUUAAAAUCAAUAUCGAAAUAUAAAAAUCCGUACGAACAAUUCCAUAUUGUAUCUGAACUGCUUAUAAUGUAGGUACAUCCUUUAUUUUAAUUAUAUAGUUUGUACUUACCCUUCAUGAGGCCUUUGUAGAUAUGCGGAAUAUAAGAUUGGCCAUAUAUUUGUGUUAGUGUACAAUAUUAAUAUUUUAAUUUAGUUUUUAAUAUUGGCGAUUCUAUGGAUCCACAGCCAGUGCUAUGUGAUAAUGGAUUAAAAAAACUCGAAUAUAUUUUGUUUGAGUAUUAAAAUUACUUUAGUAAACUGUUGUACGACUGUUCCAUAAUGUACAAUGAUAAUAUUAGUAGAAUUAUUUAAAUAAUAAUUAAAAUUAUAAUAAUUUAGUCCUGUAAAUAUAUUUUAGGAAUUUCGUUUUAGAGGAUGUUGUUACACAGAUUGUUCACAUACUCGAUUGAGAAAAAAAACGAAAGGCUGUGAAACAAAACGUUUUAUUGAAAUAUUAUGUACGCGUAUUUAUUAUGUGUCAGCGUUUAGUACACUAGUGCCAUUUCAGAUCUGUAUGGUGUGUGCUUUACAGAAUUGAUUGAAUAUUGAUUUAACAUUUUAUAUUAGACAAUCAGAUUUGAGUGUAUUUUGUUUAAUAAUUUUAGGUAGUAAAUAUUUACAAAUGCGACUGAUACGGAAAUUCCUAAAGAGAACUUAUUUAAAUAAAUUACAUUAAUGAAUACAACUCCGUUUUGAUCCUUUGUAACUGAGAAAUUCAUAUGAUAUGAAGAACAUAGACAUAUUUAUAAGCAUUACUGAUAAAAUCUGUUUAAUUUCCUUUACAUUUUUGACGGAUGCAGAUUAUUGUACGAUCAUGAAUUUUAUAUCAAACCAGAAUAAAAUAAAAUUUAAUAUAGAUUUAGAUUUAGCCAUCUUCAAUUAAGGGAGCUCCCACACUUAUCGAAGUGUUGGGACUCUUUUCAUCGAUCUAAACCGCCGAUUUACGAAAUCUCUAGAGAACGUUAUAUAAAUUAUUUAUAUUCUAUAUACUUUUUUCGAACAAAUAACUUCUAGCUAUAUUUUUAGUAACAAGAUCAAAACGAAGUACGUACAUACAUGAUGGAAUGGAAUGCUUAAUUUUUUUUAGUUAUUAAAAUAUAAGGCCCAUGCCCCAUUGCUCAAUCGUGUAGUGUAUUGUAGUUACGUUGUGCUCCGUUGUUUGCUAUUGGUUUUGACACUGUCACAUGUCAAAAUGACGGAGCGCGACGGCGGAGCGGAGCAAUGAGGCAUGGCAAUAUUUAAAAGUCGACAUUUCUAAACGUUCUCUUGACUUACUCGAUAUUGUAAAUUAUUGUUUGAUAAAAUUUGUUUUGAGUAUGAUGAGGUAUUGAUGUAAAUAACUGACGUCUUUUGUAUCUUUAAAAACUCUUAGUUGUUUAGAUUAUAUAUGUCGAGAUGGAUAUUACCAGUAAUGUGGUAAGUAUGUUUGUAUUGGCAGAUGAUUGCUGUAGUUUGUAUUGCAGGGAUUCUAACUGUAUUUAAUAUGUUACUAUUCAGUGCAAUUUAUUAGGCGCAGUUGCGGUUGACAUAUAUAACGUAAACAAUUCAAGAUAAUAAUUUAUGCAAAUUGAUAAUUUUGUACAAUACUGUAUUAAUGUUAAUAAUAAUUAUGUUGAUUAUAAUUUU